AUGCUCGGAGAACAAGUUGUAUUCAAACAUCAAGUUGAAGGAGGAGAGCCUAUCAAUUUUGUAUUCAAACACAUGGCCAUAGCGAAUGCUCGUGGUUGUCAUUCCUGUGACCGUCAUACGAUGAAAGUAAUCAAGAUAUACAAAACCACUGCUAGUGUUUACACCACCUGUCAAAUUUGCUUUCUCCAGGAGUCGAAAAACGAUAACAACGUACCUACGCGAGAGCCAAUCGAAGAAUAUAACAAAAAAUUGUUUAAAUGUCCAGCGAGAAAGUGCCCAAUACAUCAAAGCUUCAACGAUUUCGUGAAUGGUAGAUGCUGCAAAGAUGCAGUUAGAAAGAUCAAUUACGAAUUGCGUCGUGAGAUGUGCAACUCGCAGCGGGACUACCAAAAAGAAGUAGAAGAAGAAAUCAAAAUCGAGAAGAAAAUCGAAGAAGCUGAGAUUAAUCUCAGAAAAAGAAAGGGCGAGGAUGAGGAGGCCAAACAAGCAUUGAAAAAAGCGACGAUUGAAGCUGAACGAACCGAGGAAGCGUUAAAAACUGCUGAAGAAGAAUUGAAAACACUGAAGACGUCGCUUUCUUCUAUCCAAAAAAAGGUUGAUGCCAAGCAACAAAAACUCGAUGCCGCUGUCACUUGCGCCGUCCCAAAUAUAAUGACCUUUCAACAGAAGAAAAAGCAGACGGCGAUCAAAUACGGCGGCUACAAAGGGAGCUAUUUCACUGCUGAUGGAGAGAGAAAAACCUUUGAAGGAGGUUAUCGGAUCAGAGAAAAACCGGCUUGGAGGCAGAGUCGAGAGAACAAACCGAAAAACAAUCAGAAUUGGAAGAACAAUGUUUCCAAACCUCAGCGAAGUAGAAUCGAACCCAAACCUCUUUUUGAUUACGAGUAUGGCGCGUCCGUUGUGCCACUAGAAUCAGUCAUUGACGUCGAUCUCGACUACAUGGAAAUGGACAAAAAGAUCUUUGAAGAAAGCGGCGUUUUUACGCGCUUUUUGGGAACUGAGCUAGAAAAAGAAGUUGAUGGGCAAACUGUCAAGUACAAAUUUCCGCUUCCGGUGGAGAAGACGGAAAACUCUCUUCAGCGGCAAAUUCUUCCCGCGGACAUGGUUCUUCGCGACUUUUCAAAUUUGACAACUUCGUUUCAAGAAAAAAUUCUCAACGGGAAAGGAAUUCCGGUCAUGAACGGCAAGUUCUUGGCCAUUUUCAUGUGGGAUACCAACUGGGGCCAAAUGAGAAUGAAUUUAUCGUCAAUUACAAAAGGGAGUAGAAUCGAGCAAAAAGAAGCGUUUGAGGGUCGAGGCAACGAAGUUCUUGACGGAUCAGACAUAGAUUCAACAGUAACCAACGGAGCCGUCUUUCCUGAUGGGACCUGGCGCAUGGAUGUUUCCUUUUUGACAGGGCAAACUUUCUCUUACUGGGGAAAAUCGAAGAGUGGCUGGAUGCUAGAAGGGUGCUUUACUUGUCUUGGAUGCGCUUUUACUGCCAAUCAAUGUCUCGGAAGAGUCUUCUUGAUGCCAGACCAACUGACAAUGGAGCAAUCAACUCAGUUUUUCAUCGACAGCGCGCUUGAAAAAUUCACUCUUCCGGAAGAUCAAGAACCUACGGAUGAAAGAGACCUCUCAAAAUACAAGAAACAUUUGAUGAAAUUAGAACGCACUUUGAAGCAGAUGGGCUCACUGAAAAACCCGAAAGGAACGAAGCGAUCAAAGAAAUUCAACGGUGGGGCGAGUGACCUUUUCUUCAAUGAAGAUUUUGGUGUCGAGGCGUUUUACGAAAAAUUGAAGAACUUUAUCAACGAACGAUUCGGAGAAAAGGAGAGGCAUUCAAAGCGCCAAUGGAACAAAAUGAUGAUGAAGAUUAUGGCUGUCUGCGAGUAUGACAUGAAACGAUGUCCAGAAGAGCUUCGCGAGUUCGAAUCAAAGGAUCAAAUCCGUUUGAUGAACUCCCGCUUAUAA